AUGGAUCCCUAUAAUCGGUCACGACAGCCACCAUACUCGUCUCCUCAACCUCGUCAACCUGCACCCCCUCUUUCCCAACAAACAGUCAAAAUGAAAGUUCAAAAGUGUUCUAGUGAACAACUUGCUUUAACCAAUUAUUUAAUCGUAUCUACGAGAGAUUUUCAUCCUAAUGUUCCGGAUGAGAGUCAAGCAUCUCAUCAAAUUGGUACUUCCAUGGUACAUCGUCGUUGGGCGUCACUUUCCUUGGGUCAAGAAGUUUCCGUUGUUACAUAUGAUCCAUUUGCUGAAAGUCCAUUUGUUUAUAUGAUUAAAUUAGAUUUAGAAGUAGGAUUUUUAAGAAAGGCAUUUAAUAAUCAAAUGUUCAGUGUUGGACAAGUAUUAGUACUUGAAUUUCAUGGUGUUAAUCUUCAAAUAAUUAUAAAAAGUAUUCAAGUAGCAGAUCAAGAUACUAUUUCUAGAGUAAUAAAUGAUGAAACAUUUGAUCCGAAUGUUCCAAAUAAAGGCGGAGUAGGAGCAGGAGAAGUUAAAGGUCAGGCGGGUAUUCGUGAUGGAAUUCGUGGUAUAUUAACACAACAAACUGCAAUUCAUUGGUCAAAAGCUGCUGAAUCUUCAAUAAUAUUAAAAGCACAGAAUUCACUUAUUCAACCAGAUUUCAAAUUUGAAGAUAUGGGAAUUGGUGGAUUGGAUACUGAAUUCAGUGCUAUCUUUCGUCGAGCAUUUGCAUCAAGAAUAUUUCCUCCUAGUUUAGUUGAAAAACUUGGUAUUCAACAUGUUAAAGGUAUUCUUCUUUAUGGACCUCCGGGUACUGGUAAAACAUUGAUGGCAAGACAAAUAGGAAAAAUGCUUAAUGCUCGUGAACCAAAGAUAGUGAAUGGACCAGAAAUUUUAAAUAAAUAUGUUGGACAAUCCGAAGAAAAUGUUCGAAAAUUAUUCGCGGAUGCGGAAAAAGAGUAUAAAGCUAAAGGGGAAGAUUCCGGUUUACAUAUUAUUAUAUUUGAUGAAUUGGAUGCUAUUUGUAAACAACGUGGUGGUAGAAGUGAUGGAACAGGUGUUGGUGAUAAUGUGGUCAAUCAAUUAUUAGCUAAGUUGGAUGGUGUAGAACAAUUAAAUAAUAUUCUCAUAAUUGGCAUGACAAAUAGAUUAGAUUUAAUUGAUGAAGCUUUGUUACGUCCCGGACGAUUGGAAGUACAUAUGGAAAUUGGAUUACCUGAUGAAAAGGGUAGAUUACAAAUUCUGAAAAUUCAUACAUCAAAGAUGAGACAAAAUGACAUAUUAGAUUUCGAUGUAGAUUUUGAAGAACUUGCAAGUUUAACUAAAAAUUUCAGUGGAGCGGAAAUUAAUGGAUUAGUUAAAAGUGCCAGUUCAUUUGCUUUUAAUAGGCAUGUCAAAGUGGGAACACUUGCCGGGGUAACACCGGAUGUGGAAAAUAUGAAAGUUAAUAGAAAUGAUUUUUUGGAUGCAUUGGAAGAAGUUCAACCUGCAUUUGGUGUUAGUGAUGAAGAACUUGAACAAUGCAUUCAAAAUUCAAUAAUCAAAUUCUCUCCAUUCGUUGAGAGAAUUUUAGCUGAUGGACAAUUAUAUAUUGAUCAAGUUAAGAACAGUUCUCGAACACCACUUGUUAGUGUUCUCUUACAUGGUCCUUCGGGUAGUGGUAAAACCGCUUUAGCUGCUACAAUGGCGAGAUCAUCCGAAUUUCCAUUUAUCAAAUUAAUUUCACCGGAAAGUAUGGUUGGAUAUUCCGAACUUUCUAAGACGAAUGCAAUUCAUAAAGAUCGACGACUUUUAAUCAUAGCCACCACGAAUGAAAAAUCGGUUCUCGAACAAAUGAAUAUGUCGGAUUGUUUUAAUUCGGAAAUUUAUGUUCCUCAUAUUUCGGAAUUAACUGCGGUCGAUAUCGUGUUACAAGAAUUAACAUUAUUCAAUGAUGAAGAACGUAAAAGGGUAUUGGAAAUUCUUCAAGAAGAUGAAAUCAAAUUAAAAAUUGGAAUCAAAAAACUUUUGAUGAUAAUUGAAAUGAGUCGACAGGAUGUUGAUAAAGUUGAUAAGUUUGUUAGUACCAUCAUGGGAAUAUGA